AUGGACGCGGAGAAGCGCAAGAAGUACCACGGCGUCGGCAACACCGCUGAGCACUCACGCGUGCGUGGUGCCACACGCGCGUCGCUGCGCAAGCGCACCGGCCGAAAGCCCGAGAACAUCGCGGUGGAGGCCACCAUCCACCUGUCGAAGCUGCUCAAGAAGAAGACGUUCCACAAGCGCGCGCCCCUCGCCAUCAAGCGCAUCAAGACGUUCGUCGGCAAGCUGAUGAAGACGAAGGACAACCGUAUUGACGCCUCCCUGAACACAUACGUGUGGCACAAGGGCGUGAAGGGUGUCCCGGGCCGCGUCCGCGUGCACGUGGAGCGCAAGUCGGAGACUGUUGAGGGCAGCAAGCGCAAGCACUUCUACACCAUCAUCUCUAACGUUCCCGUCUCGACCUUCAAGAACCUCACGACGAAGGUGAUUGAGCAGUAG